CGUAAAUAUCAAUCCUCUUAUCCCAUGCAGCCAAAAUCGACGAGUAGGCAGACUAAAUCUGCCCUAAAAAACGCUCCAUAAUGGCUCUAGCCGCCGCCCGCCCCUUGAUCACCGUCUAUUCGGAGAAAAAUGAAACAAGUGGCGCCAAUGUUAAACUACCGGCUGUCUUCAAGGUGCCGAUCCGACCUGACAUUGUGAACUUUGUGCACACCAACAUGCGCAAGAACAGCCGUCAACCCUAUGCUGUCAGCAAGAGAGCUGGUCAUCAGACGAGUGCCGAGUCUUGGGGAACUGGCCGAGCUGUAGCUCGUAUUCCUCGUGUUCGCGGUGGUGGUACCCACCGGUCUGGUCAAGCUGCUUUUGGAAACAUGUGUCGCGGUGGACGUAUGUUCGCACCAACCAAGAUCUGGCGCAAGUGGCACUGCCGCACCAACACCAACCAGAAGCGUUAUGCCAUGUGCUCGGCUCUGGCCGCUACGGCUGUGCCUGCCCUUGUCAUGUCUAAAGGUCAUUGUAUUGAGAGAAUCCCAGAGGUUCCUCUUGUUGUCAGUGACGCCAUCCAAGAUUACAAACGCACCAAAGAAGCUGUUCUCUUCCUCAAGAAAUUCAAGGCAUGGGCAGACAUCAAGAAGGUUUACAAAUCCAAGCGGAUCCGAGCUGGUAAAGGAAAGAUGCGAAACCGACGACAUGUCCAGCGCCUAGGACCCCUUAUCAUCUUUGACAAGGAUAACGGAAUCACACGAGCAUUCAGAAAUAUUCCAGGAAUCAAAUUGAUGAAUGUCGCUAAGAUGAGUCUCCUUCGUCUUGCCCCCGGUGGUCAUGUCGGUAGAUUCUGCAUCUGGACCGAGAGUGCAUUCCGAAGACUUGACUCACUCUACGGCACAUGGAAAACACCAUCAACUGAAAAGAAGAACUACAACUUACCAAUGCCAAUGAUGAUGAACUCUGACCUCAGUCGUCUCCUUAAGAGUCAAGAAAUCAGAAGAGCGCUCCGACCCAAGAAGUUGGAUGCCAGCAAACGCAAGGUCCUCAAGAAGAAUCCAUUGAAGAAUAUCCGCAUCAUGUUCAGGCUGAACCCCUACUACCAGACUCAGAAGCGUCAGGCUUUGCUCCAAGAGGAACGCGCCGUGGCACAAAAGAAGGCCUACAUGGACAAGAAGCGUGGUAUUGUGCCUGCUGAGGAACCAGCUGCCAAGGUCCAGAAAGGAAAGGGCAAAGGCAAGGCCAAGGCUGCUGUCAAAGCCCAACCUAAGGCUCCAGCCAAGGCUCCAGCCAAGGCUCAAGCCAAGGCUCCAGCUAAGGGAAAAGGCAAGAAGUAAAUCUGACAACAGCGGACAUCAACACAGCUUCACAGCCUCAUCCCAUGGAGGAGUAAACUGUAUAAAUUAACCUACGACUGAGUACUUUUCUUUCUUUAAGUGCAGCACGCACAGCAAAUUAACAUCGCUGUAGAAGAUUGACAGACAAUUGGAUCAGAUUUCAACUACUUGAAAGCUCUGGUUUUAUUUCCAAUGUGAUGUGAUGAUUUCAGUACACAUACCCAUCAACCUGACGUAGUUCUUAUCAUUGAUGGUCUGGAUUGAGACAUCAGAGAUGUGGUCAAGAUUGGUUUUAAAGCAUGUUCUAAUGUCUACAUUAUGUUUUACUUGACUUUUGGAAUCUAAGACAUACUUCAACCUUCACUCAUAUUUUGUAAUCACUCACUGCUUAUUCAUGGAAACAAUAUUUAAACAAAAUUAUCGGAUUUUGCUCUGAAAUUGAAGCUAAGGAAAUUGUUUUCCUGUAAUAAACUUGGUUUGAGAAUAAUUCGCUGAUAUGUGACAUUCACAGUAACAGACUCUGCAAGAUUUUACAAAUGUUUUUAUUCCAACACAAUCUGUGUGUGAAUGAGCAUAAAUGUAAUUAAUGGUGUGAAGAUACUAUUUUCUAAAGGAGGGACAAAGCGCUUGUAAUAGUUUAAUUUGUUCGAUGAAUUGUCCAGUCAUGUUGAUGUCGUGUUAAGCUGCAUGUUUUGAAGUGGUUUAGUUUCUACACACCUUGGUAAAUUCCUAGGUCUGUAAGGCUAUACAAAUACCACACGAUCCUAAGAAUAAAACUGAAUUCUCGAAUCAGUAAA